GCGCCUACCGUUUACGACAGGCCGGAAAGCAGCGGCCGCAGCUGUCGCCAGGCCGAGUCGGGCCGAGCCGAGCCACGCCACUAUGGGGAAAAUUGCGCUGCAGCUCAAAGCCACGCUGGAGAAUGUCACCAACCUCCGCCCCUUGGGCGAGGACUUCCGGUGGUACCUCAAGAUGAAAUGUGGCAACUGUGGUGAGAUUUCUGAGAAGUGGCAGUAUAUUCGGCUGAUGGAUACUGUGGCACUGAAGGGAGGUCGUGGCAGCGCCUCCAUGGUCCAGAAGUGCAAACUAUGUGCGAGGGAAAACUCCAUCGAGAUUUUGAGCAGCACCAUCAAAUCUUACAAUGCUGAAGACAAUGAGAAGUUCAAGACAAUUGUGGAGUUUGAGUGCCGAGGCCUUGAACCAAUUGAUUUCCAGCCCCAGGCAGGGUUUGCUGCUGAGGGUGUGGAAUCGGGGACAGUCUUCAGCGAUAUUAAUCUGCAGGAGAAGGACUGGACGGACUAUGACGAAAAGGCUCAGGAAUCUGUGGGCAUCUACGAGGUUACCCACCAGUUUGUGAAGUGCUGAACCUUCUUCCUGCACACUUGCCUCUAAGAACUGAGAAGGGACAACAUGCCCCAAGCAGCAGAGCCCUUGAGGCUAGGCCCCUUGUCCCUUGUCUCCCAGGGGCUGUCCAGGCCCUCACAGCCUGCAUGCUCGGCUCUGUCACAGCCCCCCAAGCCGACUAAUAAAGCCUGUUUGUGCUGCACUGCUGCAUGAAGGCAGAGUCAGGCAGAAGGACAGCAACUCCUCCACAAAUAACAAUUCAUGUUGGAAGUCUCUGAUUGCUUCCUGGCACGUUCCCACAGUUUAAGAUCCAAUUUGUAAAAUAUGCGGGAAUGCGUAGCUUCUAAGGGCUCCAGCCCUUGGGGAGAGGGUAGGUCAAUCCAAAGGACCUAAGGUGUCAAGGCCAAUGGUGCUAAGGGCAGUUGGGCCUGUGGAAUGAUUCCAUGAGCCCCAUGGUCCUAAGCCAAAACACUCCAUUGACCACCGUCUCUCCCAAGUAAGCCCAGGCAUUUUUAGCUGAUGUCACUUCAUAUUCCAGGGCCAGCAGGGACUUUAGAGUUGGCAGUCCAGUCCUGGUAUGAAUCUGCUCUGAAAUUCCUGCUGGACCAUCAUCAAGUCUGUCUACUUGCUGAGAGGGGCAGUCCUCUUCCCAUCAGAGGAGUCAAUGUGAAAGCUCUUCCUUCUGCUAAGUCAGCCUUUGCAUUCCCUGGAGUUCCUCCUGCUGGUCCUGCUUGGUCACUCUGUGGUUAUGCUUUCAUGUUCUACCCCUGGACAGCCCUGUGUACGUCUGAAGACAGGAGUCAUGGCUCUGUGUGUCUUGUGGGCCUGGUUCCCUGGGUCUGAGGGUCCCCUGCAGAGUGGAAAGAGUUGUUUGGUAUACGAUUAGAUCCAUGCUGUUGGUAUACGAUUAGAUCCAACUCUGUUUGGAAAGAGUUGUUUGGUAUACGAUUAGAAGGGCAUGCUCAUGCCUUCACACUGGUGAACCCAUCUUUUGGAAAACGUACUAUUUUUCCAAAGAGAGACCUUACUAUUCCAGUGUUCUGCUGGAGCCAGAAUUCUUUGGAAGUAAAAAUUAUUACCUUAGUUUUCUGGGAGGCCCACUGGGAAACCCAUCUUUUGGAAAACUUACUAUUUUCCAAAGAGAGACCUUACUAUUCCAGUGUUCUGCUGGAGCCAGAAUUCUUUGGAAGUAAAAAUUAUUACCUUAGUUUUCUGGGAGGCCCACUGGGAAACCCAUCUUUUGGAAAACUUACUAUUUUCCAAAGAGAGACCUUACUAUUCCAGUGUUCUGCUGGAGCCAGAAUUCUUUGGAAGUAAAAAUUAUUACCUUAAUUUUCUGGGAGGCCCACUGGGAAAUGAUCUGCCCACUUCCACACUGGUUGUGGCGGGGACUAGGAAGGGGCAUUACCUCAGAUUUCAGGUAAAGCUGGCUGUGUCCACAGGUGGUAAAGAGAUGCCUACCUUGUCUCUUCUCCAGUCUGGCAUCUCCAUCGUGUUCCCUCUAUGCUCCCUGUGUUCCUGGCCCCUGCACAUGCUCUUUUCUGCAUCUGACAUAGCAGAGCUGCUGUGGCCCUCCCUCCGCCACCAGGUCUAUAAGGUUCUGUCACCCACAGGGUCCAAUCUGCUGCCCAGCCUGAAAGCAAAUCAGUGGAAGCAGCCUGAGAAGCAGCCUUUCUGUGUUUUAGUCUCUGUAAUAGCCAGUGUGUGUGAAGCUCACAAAGACAAAUAAUAAAAGGAUCUCAAGGUCUUUUUUA